AUGGCAUUUCGUGAACGUGAUAGCGCCGUAACAAGCACAACAAAAACAGCACCUUCCGCAACUGAUCGAUCAGCGAGAUCUGUUUUUGUUGGUAAUAUUUCUUACGAAGUGGGCGAGGAACAGUUAAAGCAGGUGUUUGCUCAGGUCGGAGCAGUUGUUCAUCUGCGGCUAGUUCAUGACCGAGAUACAGGUAAACCGAAAGGUUAUGGGUUUUGCGAAUAUAAUGACGCGCAAACUGCCGAAAGUGCAAUAAGGAAUCUUAAUGGUUUUGAACUUAACGGACGUCCACUACGAGUUGAUUCAGCAGCUGGUGGUGAUCGUAGUGCUGAUGAAGUUCAACAGUUACAAGCAGCAUUUGCUGCUCAACAGCAAGAGUAUUUGCAGCAGCAAGCUCAGGAAAGUCCAUAUGGUCCAGAGACUGAGGCUGAGAAAGCACCGGAAGCUAUUUCACGAUCGGUAGCGUCCCUACCACCCGAACAAAUGUUUGAAUUAAUGAAACAAAUGAAGCAAUGUGUUCAUAACAAUCCGAAUGAAGCCAAGAAUUUGCUCAUGAAUAAUCCACAGCUAGCAUAUGCUCUUCUACAAGCGCAAGUAGUUAUGCGAAUCAUUGACCCACAAGUGGCCAUUGCUAUGCUUCAUCGUGAAACGCCUGCGAUUUCGCAACCAUUUCACCAGCAACAGCAACAACAGGCAUAUCCAGAUAAAUCGGUACCAGUAUCGAUGUCAACGGUGCCCAGUAUGCCACAGCCAAUGUUCCCCGGAGCGAUGCCUCAAAUGGCGCCUUCAGCAGUUUCAUCAUUACCAGUUAACUUCUCUAGAACUUCAUCAGGACCUACAGUCACGCGUGCUCCUUCCCCACAAGGAGCCGACGCUGAACUUAGCCCCGAUGAUCAGCAGCAAGCUCAGCUAUUGAUGCAGGUAUUACAAUUAAGCGAAGAGCAAAUUGCUUUACUUCCUCCUGAUGACCGGCGUAAAGUAAUCGAAUUACGAAAUCAAUUGCGUUCAAGUGUUUAA